CAUCGAAUCAAGUUUUUGUUGUUGUUGUUUAAUUUCGAAAAAUCGUUCAUUGUUAAAUAUUUAAAACCACCACCUACCGACAAUGCCUUCAAAAAAGAAACGUUUCAAUGCUCGAUUUCCGCCGGCAAGAAUUAAAAAAAUUAUGCAAAAAGAUGAAGAAGUUGGAAAAGUUGCCCAAGCAGUUCCUGUCAUCAUCGCUAAAGCAUUAGAAUCAUUUGCCGAACAAUUGUUGACUAUAUCAUCCGAAGUGACUCGUGCUCGUAAUGCUCGUACAUUGACACCAAAUCAUAUAAAAACUGCUAUACUUAAUAAAACUGAAUUUAAUUUUCUAAAUGAAUUGGCCCAAUCAAUACCGGAUGUAAAUAAUACAGCCGAUGACGAUCCACCAACGGCAUCAUCAUCAUCAUCAUCAACAAUAACAACAACUAUAAAUCCUGUUUUAGCUCAUCAACAACCACAACAACAACAACAAAAUCCAACUUCAUCAACACCAUCUUCGUCAGUUAUGGUUACGACGAAAAAUUCAUCAUCAAUUAUUACAAGUGAGAUACCACAAAUUGUCAACAAUAAUAAUGGUUGUAAAGUCUAUCAAGCAACCCCUAUUCCAACUACAACUACGUUGGCAAUGGUUUUACCUCAGCCACCGAUUAUUCAAAAAAAUUCAUCAAAAAAUCAUAAAACACGUGGUCGAGGUAGGCCACGAAAAUAUCCACUAGAUCAGCAACAAUCGUGUUCUGCAUCAGCAUCUACAUCUUUACAACAACAAGAUAAUGGUCAACAUCAAACAUUGAAAAAUAAACAACCUCAAUCGACGACAACACGUGGACGUCGAGGCCGACCACCAUUAUCCGCCAAAUCAGGAAGAAAAAGACGAAAAGCCGAAACUUCAGAUGAUGAUGAUGACGAUGAUGAUGGUGAAUCUGAUGAUAUAAUGGAUGAUGAAGAUUUGGUCGAUGAUGAUGAUACUGAAGAAGACGUUGGCGAUGAAAAUGGUAAUAAUAAUGAUAAUGAUAAUGAUUAUGAUGAUAAAGACAAUAUGUCGAAUAAUAACAAAACAAUAUCAACAAUCAAGUCAUCAAAUUUAGCCAAUUUUGGAACAUUGGCCACUCCACCAUUACCAGCAACAUCAUUAGAUGGAACAAUCAAUGAUGAUGAAGAUGAUUAUGAUAAUUGUUGAUGAAUUGCUUGCUAAACAAAUCAACAACACACACGUCGUCUUAUAUUAGUAGUAAAUGUGUCUGAUCUUUAUUCUAAGUUUGACUUUGAAUAUUAUCUAUUAUUAUUAUUAUUAUUAUGAUGAUUUGAACAUUUUUUUUCAAAUUUGGUUUUUUUUUGACAUUUCAAAUUACACUGGUAAAUGACCGUGACCACACUACCAGCACCAUUAUCAUCAUCAUCAUCAUCGUCGUCAUUUUGUAAUGUUUAAUUUUUUUUUUUUUUUUUGAAUAUUUCAU